AUGUCAAGUCAGAAGGUAGAAGUUAGAAGUUCAUUCCACAAUGUCAAGAAUCUUUUACUUCCUCACAGUGAUAUAAGACACACAUAUAUCAUGACGUCCCGCCGUACGACCAUCCAAGCAGCUGCUGCUGCCACCCUUCUCUUGGCAACCUUGCCAGUAAGCGCUGUUAAGAACGGGUUGGCACUCACGCCACCCAUGGGCUGGAACAACUGGAAUGCUUUUGGGUGUGAUGUGUCAGAGCAUCUUCUACUGAGUACCAGCGAGGCGGUCGUCAACCUUGGCCUCCGCGACCUCGGUUACGAUCAUGUGGUCUUGGACGACUGCUGGCAGGACCCCGAUGGACGGACCCCUGACGGCAAGCUCCAACCGAAUGCCGAGAAGUUUCCGCGGGGCCUGAAGGCCAUCGCUGAUGACCUGCACUCGGAGAAUCUCAAGUUUGGCAUGUACUCGUCUUCGGGAGAGAUGACAUGUGCACGAUUUGAGGGAUCUCUAGAUCAUGAGGUCGACGACGCGGCCAGUUUCGCGUCUUGGGGCGUCGACUUUUUAAAGUAUGACAACUGCUACAACAUGGGUCGGAUCGGGUCGCCUGUGGGUACGUUCAACCGGUUCAAGGUCAUGGCGGACGCUUUGAACGCAACGGGCCGUCCGAUUGAGUUCAAUCUUUGCAACUGGGGCGAGGAUUACGUACACACCUGGGGCAUGUCGGUUGCCAACUCGUGGCGGAUCAGCGGCGACAUCUACGACAGCUUUACCCGGCCCGACGACUUGUGCAGCUGCACCGAUCCCCACGAUCCUCUCUGCGUUGCGCCAGGCACGCACUGCUCGGUCCUGUUCAUAUUGAACAAGGUUGCACCAUUUGCCGACAAGAGCAUUCCUGGCGGGUGGAGCGAUCUCGACAUGCUCGAAGUGGGCCAGGGCGGCAUGACACGUGAGGAGCAACGUGCUCACUUUGCCCUGUGGGCUGCGCUCAAGUCACCGCUGAUGUUGGGCAAUGACCUACGCGCCAUGCCGGCAGAGGCUUUGGCUAUUGUGAGCAACCCUGCCAUCAUUGCGGUGAGCCAGGACCCUCAUGGCCGCAGCAUGUUCCGUGUGAAGAAGACUGUUGGCGGCGAGCUUCAGCCCGACGAGUUUGGGGCCCAGGAGAGCCACGUCUGGAGCGGCAGACUGCAUAAUGGCGACCAAGUGGUUGUACUCCUCAACGCUGCCGGAAAUGACGUCGAGAUGACGGCCAGUCUCAAUGACAUCUUCGUCGCCGACGGCCCGGGAGGCUCGGCACCCCAAAUCAAGUAUGCAUGGGCAAUUCAUGACCUUAUGGCAAGCGAGAUGCCUGUAGAGACAGCCCAGGCUCUUCUCGAUGCUGCUAACGACCGUGUCAAGACGGCGUCCAUCCUGAAGACGGCCAACUGGUACAACGCAACCGAGACGCCGUAUGCAGUAGGUCUGGAGAAGCAAGACCCCAGGCUGUUCGGCGAGAAGAUUGGGCAGGUCGAAGCCAAGGGCGCGAUCAAGGUCCACGUGCCCAGCCACUCUGCCAAAGUCUACCGCCUGAGGAGAAUCUCCAAGCCUGGUGACAACUUCAAGCAGAAGAGCCACGAGAGGACAACGCGCGAAGUCAAGGAGGAGCUCUAAAUGACGCUGGUGACCACAUGACUGCCGCAGAGUAUGAUCACAUUGGCGAUCCAGUGGGCCGCUUUGGUGAAAACAAUGAAGAGUCGGUGACCUGACCAAUGCCUUGCCCGCUUUGGCAUGGAUUUGGUGGGUAUGAAAGUUAUCCCUUCUGGGGGACCGAGGUGGAUCGGACAGGCUUGAUGCCUGUAGGCUGCAAGAUUUGACAAGUCGUGUGAGGGGUUUGAAGUCAAGGGACACGACGUCAAAAGUCCGAUAUCACCAGCACCGUCAGGGCAUUACCUGGGUUGAAGUUAGAUAAGGGAAAGAAAAGAAAACCCAAUGGAUAAUACUGCGUGCAUGUCUGUC